CUCGCCUCCCCCCUCCACUUCCCUCCGCCCGAAAGCUUACUUCCGGCGAUCUCUGCCCUUCUCCGACAUGGCGGGCAAUGGAUCCGAGUCUUACACCUCCCUUGUUGACUGCCGGGAGCUCGUCCCACGCGAGACCAACGAGGAGAUGGUCGUCCGUGUUGCGCUCCGCCGCUCACGAGAGGAGUACGACAGACAGCGCGCGGACUCCAUCCAGCCGGAAUCCAUUGCGUCCGCCGAAGUGGCGCAUGGAUCCGGCGCGAGCCGCGUCACCAUUGCCUCGCCGGAGGCGGUGCAGUCCAUUUGGCGUCCGAACACCGUGCCAAAGGCAACAUCUAUUGAUGCUGUACUGAAGGAUGCUGGUUUGGAAAGCAAAAUCAUGGAAGUGCCUAAGAAGUCGGGCGACGUCACUGGGAACAACAAUGAUCUGACGAAUGAUUUACUGCAACCAAUUAGGAAAACGCGGGAUAAUAUUCUUCAUAAGGAACACAUACUUCAAGAUCGAAGUGCUGAAUGUGAUAUGGACAUUCAGAUUAUCCUUACUGAAGGGAAAAUGACAGCUAAAGUGCUGGCAAUAAUGGAAAAGUAUAAGGCAACCAGCUCAAAUAUGAUGGAAGUUGGCAAUCCAUCUUGUUGUGGAGAUGGUGACAAAACUAGGAGAAAUAAGAGGAAGACACUGAAGGAGGUGCUCCUCCACAACAAGUGCCAGGAGCUCAAUGAGAUCUGUUAUGACAUCAAGUGUAUAGCCCCAAGAUACACAGUAUUACCUUCACCAGAAGAUGGAAUGUUCCAUGCCAAUGUACGUUUUACAUGCCCUGGUUAUGACAUGAGCAUCACUGGUGGUCCUCAUCAGACCCCAGAUGGGGCGAGGUGCUCUGCAGCUGCCAAUCUGAUAACAGAGCUUCACAAGAAGGCAGCGGAAGAAGAACAACAGGAAGAUGACGCAAAUAUUCCUAGUUAAAUUCCCAAAGUUGGGUAUUAGCAGACGUCCGGAACCACCAGCAAUCAUUGCACAUUGUCUAAGCUCUUUUACCUCUGAGAGCUCGUGUUGCUUUAGUUGUUUGAGUUGUGGAUUCUUACUAGGGUAAUUUCAUGUUGUGGACUUUUAUCAGGGCAAUUUUGCGUUGUGGAUUUCCUCUGGUUGUGAACAAUUUUGUGACGUGAGUGAACACAAAUUAUCGAUUUAAAUAUGGGUCA